ACAGCCGCCGGGGAGAGAGACAGAGACGACAGAGACAGAGAGAGACAGAGGGCGCAGGGAGCCGGAGAGCGGGAGAGAGUGCGGGAGACGCCACAGCCGCCGCCUGGAGCUGGGAGCUCGGGGGGGAGGCUCCCCCAGCUCGGAGACAGCACCCCACACCCACCCACCCAUCCCCGGGGACCCCGCCGCCCCUCACCCCGCCCGGGGCUGCAGGCGCCGAUGGAGCUGACGGCCCAGCCCCCCGCGGAGCCCGAGAUGCUGGAGCCCGAGAUGCUGGAGCCCGAGAUGCUGGAGCCCGGGGGCUGCCCGUCUCCCCUGGAGCUGAAAUCCGCCCCCAGCAAGAAGAUGUGGAUUAAACUGAGGACUCUGCUGCGAUACAUGGUGAAGCAGCUAGACAACGGUGAGGUGAACAUCGAGGAUCUGAAGAAGAACCUCGAGUACACAGCAUCCCUGCUGGAGGCCGUCUACAUCGACGAGACCAGGCAAAUCUUGGACACAGAGGACGAGCUUCAGGAGAUCCGCUCAGACGCGGUGCCCUCGGAGGUUCGGGACUGGCUGGCCUCCACCUUCACCCAGCAGACCCGGGCCAAGGGCCGCCGCUCGGAGGAGAAGCCCAAAUUCCGCAGCAUCGUCCACGCGGUGCAAGCCGGCAUCUUUGUGGAGCGCAUGUUUCGAAGAACCUACACUGCCGUGGGUCCCAGCUACUCCUCAGCCGUCAUCAACUGCUUGAAGACCCUGGAUCUGUGGUGCUUUGACGUCUUCGCCCUGAACCGUGUGUCCGAAGAGCACGCCCUGCGGACCGUUGUCUUUGAGCUGUUCACCCGCCACAACCUCAACAGCCGCUUCAAGAUCCCCACUGUGUUCCUCAUGACUUUUCUGGAUGCCCUGGAGGCUGGCUAUGGAAAGUACAAAAAUCCUUACCACAAUCAGAUCCACGCAGCUGAUGUCACACAGACCGUCCACUGCUUCCUGCUCCGGACUGGCAUGGUGCACUGCCUGACAGAGAUAGAGGUCCUGGCCAUCCUCUUCGCGGCCGCCAUCCAUGACUACGAGCACACCGGCACCACCAACAGCUUCCACAUCCAGACCAAGUCCGAAUGUGCCAUCCUGUACAAUGACCGCUCAGUGCUGGAGAACCAUCACAUCAGCUCCGUCUUCCGCCUGAUGCAGGAUGAGGAGAUGAACAUUUUUACCAACUUGGCCAAGGAUGAAUUCGCAGAGCUGCGCUCGCUGGUCAUAGAGAUGGUGCUGUCCACAGACAUGUCCUGCCACUUCCAGCAAGUCAAAUCCAUGAAGACGUCCCUGCAGCAGCUGGAGAGGAUCGACAAGUCCAAGGCUCUGUCCCUGCUGCUCCACGCUGCUGACAUAAGUCACCCCACCAAGCAGUGGAGUGUCCACAGCCGCUGGACCAAGGCCCUAAUGGAGGAGUUCUUCCGCCAGGGAGAUAAGGAGGCAGAGUUGGGUCUUCCGUUCUCGCCACUGUGUGACCGAACGUCCACCCUCGUGGCCCAGUCCCAGAUCGGCUUCAUUGACUUCAUUGUGGAGCCCACUUUCUCCGUGCUGACCGACGUGGCCGACAAGAGCGUCCAGCCGCUUGUGGAUGAAAGCACCAAGCCUAAGACGCAGACCAGCCCCCAGUGGCGCCAGCCGUCCCUAGACGAACGUGGAGAGGGCGAGACGGACGUGAACGCGGACAUCGUCAGCUUCCGCAGCACCUGGAGCCGUUACGUCCAAGAGAAUAAGCAGAAGUGGAAGGAACGGGCGGCCAGUGGCAUCACCAACCAGGCCUCCAUCGAUGAACUGUCUCUCUGCGAUGAUGAGGCCGCAGCCCCCGACGAUGGGCAUAACCAGAAUGGCAACCUGAACUAGCCCCGAGCCCCCCCGGGCCCCGGAGGACCGACCCCAGGUCCCCAGUUUUGUCGGAAAUAUUUGACAUCAUCGAACUCAGAACCACUCACAUGGAUCGGACCCCCAUGGGUCGGAAGGAGGGAACCCCGAAGUCACAGAGCUGCUCCCCCCAACCCAAAACCAAAUGUCAGAGAUCAGGGGUGGGGGACAGGGAGGGCGUUGGCCCGCAGAAUUUAAUCGAAGGUUCCCAGGAUGAACCCCUCCCUAAUUCAGGGCUGACUCAAUUCUCUAGGAGUCUGAGACAUUUACGAUUUUGGGUCUCCUAAAGUCAUUGUGACCAGACCCCUGCCUCUCACUUCCCGCCCCUCCUAUCUCCCCAAAUCCGUCCAGGGCCGGGAGUGGGAGGGGGCGUCCGGCGGGGAAUCGGCGGGAUGGGGUGAGAAUUAGGCCCUUCCUUCUGCGAUCAGCCCCUUUCCCGCCCACCGUCCUCUGCACCUGCUGUUUCUAAGCAAUACGUAACGGGGGGUCGCCCCACCCCCCAACCCGGAUCCCAGCUGGCUGGUUCAAGUCCAGGGUCCUGGUCUCUCCCGGCCUCGAGGCGGCUGGAAGGGGACUGGAGUAGGGGAAGCGGGUGGUCGAGGAGAUGGGGGGGGGGGGUUAGGGGGCGGGAUAAGCAGAGCGCCUGGGACCACAAGCAGAAGACGGGGGUCGGAGGAGGGGGAGGUUCCCUGUUGUGGGGGUGGAGAAGGAGGGGAAGCGUCGCUCUGCCCAAGGAGAACCUGGACCCGGAUCUCUGAUCGCCCACCCACCAACGCCCCCCUUCCUCAGACGCCCCGGGCCCGGCCUGCUCUUGGGAGCCUAAAGGAAAGAACAACUGAAGUGGUAAAAGUUUUUGUAGUCAUGACCUUCCUGACAGUCGGAUGGUCGGGCAGAUAAGGAGAAGUCACCUUAGGGGGUUCGUCAGCCAAGAAGGAUCCCCUUCCCCAAACAUCGCCCUCUCCUCCCCUCUGCCCGCUCCGCCCCCCCCCCCAUCUCCCAGAGAGGUGGACCCGCCCCCAUCCGACUAAUGUCUGUAAUGUGCUUUGAGACCCUCCAAGCAAAGCGCGCAAGUAGGACUCUUGAGGAGCACAACUCUCGCCUCCUGGGCUCCCCGGGGGCCAGGGGGGCGGACCUGGAGGGGACCCCACACGCUUUCACUCCUAGAGAUGUCGCCCCCUCGCCCCUUCCUCCAAUGGUGAUGUCCCUUUCCCGCCCCCAACAUCUCUUGAGAGGGCCCAGUACGCGCCGGACACUGAGGUCAAUCCCCAGUAGCAAUUUGCUCUCCGCGGGUGUACGAGAGAGCUGGGGGACGGGACUCGCGGGUUCCUGGGAAGGAAAGGUCCGGGAGAGAGGGAGGGGGACCCUUGCCCCGCUAUGUCGCGGAAGCAGCUUAGCGAGGGGAGCUAGAGGAUAAAUCUUUGUAAAUAGACGGCCCAACUCUACAGGGCAAGCCCGUGCCGUUUGGACUUUAAUCCACAGUUUUCUAAACGCGCUGCUGCGGACCAGAACGACGCUAUUAUUUACUGUAAUAAGCACUGAUUCACGCACACAACAAACACACACACACAUGCACCCCACCCCCACCCCCGGCCCCGAGCGGGGCAGGAAGUCAUGACCCGUACACCCGGUCAGAGCUUCCAUAUCGUCAUUGCGCUAUAUCCGACACUUGGUCACCAAUAAAGGAGCGAGCGAUAGA